GAAGCGUUGUAGCCGUGCGUAGGGAAUAUUGGCCUGUAAUGACAGGGGAAUGAGCAAACUAAACAUGUGAUUAGGGCUUACCCUAAUCAUUGUUCCGAUCAAGCAAAAUGAAAAACGCGAGCGCGUCGCUCACCGCCUUUCGAGAAACGCGUCCCAAACAAAGAUGUCAUUGGCGAUGGGAUGUUGCGACUUGCAUUCAAGGGAUGGUCCAUCUUCCCCAUCUUCUUAUUUAGAUCCAUUGGAUCUCAAGAUUCUUCCCACAACCUUUUCGCUAUUUGUUCUAAGCAUACCAUGACCAGAGAUACCACGCCUCCUCCAGAGACCGCUUCUGCUGCUGCUACUACCACCCACGAACCCCCAUCGCUCCCCGCUUCACCUUUCCCCAAACGAACAAAGACCGCUUCUACGACCGAAACCAGCAUUGCAUCCAUCAUGGGUUCUACAGGUGGAAACGAUACUGCAGUCACCUCUCUCGCCCCGCCUCAUCCUCCUUUGCUCGUGAAGAAAUUGGUCGAGUCAGCAAAGGCCCCUACUCGCGGUUCCGCGUUUGCCGCAGGAUAUGAUCUUUACAGCGCUAAGGAGACUGUGAUCCCUGCUAAGGGGAAAGGUUUGGUUGAUACCGGAUUGGCUAUUGCGGUUCCUGAGGGCACAUACGGCCGCGUGGCACCGCGAAGUGGUCUUGCUUCUAAAAACUUCAUCGACACUGGUGCUGGCGUCAUCGAUGCGGAUUACCGAGGCGAAAUCAAGGUGUUGCUCUUUAACUUUUCUGAUGUAGAUUUUACCGUCAAGGAAGGAGACAGAGUUGCUCAGCUUGUUUUGGAAAGAAUAUAUACCCCGGACGUCGUUGUUGUCGAGCAAUUGGAGGAGAGUGUCCGCGGCGCAGGAGGCUUUGGCAGCACCGGGAAAUAGACAUGUGCCGCUUUACGGGAUUUGCAAUAUCUGCGAUGUCUAGAGUAAACUUCUCGUCAGUCCAUAGCGGAUUAAGGGUUGCCAGGUGACUGGGUGUGAGACUAUAACACGUCGAUUAUCGCGGCAGAACAAAAAUGAAAUGAAGACAGAUAGAAAGUUAACACUUGUUUCCAUUGGCUCAGCAGCCUGACAAAGUCUUGCUUAUAUGUUAAGAUGUUGAGUCGCAAACAGCAUGCGUUGUUGCCUUAUAUUCCAGGCACAAACUGCCACUUUCCUUUUGACCCCACCACGAUUUAUCAU